UCAAGGUAUAAAUACAUAUGUAAUAUGGUAACAUAUUCCUCACCAAAAAUCAAGUUCUUAAAGCUUUUGAACUAGUUUACAUUUCAAUUAUCAGUAAAGAAGAAAAAGAAGGAAAGAUGACAAGCACUGUUGGCAAGGUCAUUCAUUGCAAAGCUGCUGUGGCAUGGGAGGCAGGGAAGCCACUAGUGAUUGAAGAAGUAGAGGUGGCACCUCCACAGGCUAAUGAAGUUCGUUUAAAGAUCAUCUUCACUUCUUUAUGCCACACUGAUGUUUACUUCUGGGAAGCCAAGGGGCAGAACCCGUUAUUUCCUAGAAUUUAUGGCCAUGAGGCAGGAGGGAUUGUGGAGAGUGUUGGUGAAGGUGUGAAUGAUCUCAAACCAGGUGAUCAUGUCCUCCCAGUAUUUACUGGGGAAUGCAAGAAUUGUGCUCACUGCAAAUCCGAAGAGAGCAACAUGUGCAACCUCCUGAGGAUAAAUACUGACAGGGGAGUUAUGCUUAAUGAUGGAAAAUCAAGAUUUUCCAUUAAAGGCAAGCCUAUUUACCACUUCGUUGGGACAUCCACUUUUAGCGAGUACACAGUGGUUCAUGUAGGCUGUGUUGCCAAAAUCAAUCCCUUGGCUCCUUUGGACAAAGUCUGCGUGCUAAGUUGUGGAAUCUCAACAGGUCUUGGUGCCACUUUGAAUGUGGCCAAGCCUCCAAAGGGUUCAACUGUGGCUAUCUUUGGAUUGGGAGCUGUAGGCCUUGCUGCUGCUGAAGGAGCUAGGAUUGCUGGGGCUUCAAGAAUUAUUGGUGUGGAUGUGAAUUCAAAUAGAUUUGAGGAUGCAAAGAAGUUUGGCGUAACUGAGUUUGUGAACCCAAAACAUCAUGAGAAACCGGUUCAGGAGGUGAUUGCUGAGAUGACUAAUGGAGGAGUCGAUAGAAGUGUUGAAUGUACAGGAAACGUGGAUGCAAUGAUUUCUGCAUUUGAAUGUGUACAUGACGGCUGGGGAGUUGCUGUUCUGGUUGGAGUGCCACACAAAGAAGCUGUUUUCAAGACCCACCCCAUGAAUGUUUUGAAUGAAAGGACUCUCAAAGGUACCUUCUUCGGAAACUACAAGCCUCGAACCGAUCUUCCUUCAGUUGUGGAAAAGUACAUGACCAAGGAACUUGAACUGGAAAAGUUCAUCACGCAUUCAGUCCCUUUCUCCGAGAUCAACGAGGCCUUUGAACUCAUGCUUAAAGGGGAAAGCCUUCGCUGCAUCAUCCGAAUGGAGGAAUAGAGGCCCCUGUGAACAACUGCCAUCCCCCACAUGAAAUAGCAAAAAGAUUGGAAACAGUAUUAUGAUAAUUAUACGUUUUCGUGUUAUAUAAAUCUUGUGAAUGUAAAUUUAUCACCAAUUUCAUGGAUUUCUUGCUUCUGUUGAAAUCUAUAAAUAAAUAACGAUGUAAAUGAUUAGACCA